UUGUUACUUUCAGAAUAUAAGCUAUUGUUUACUAAAUCAACAUGACAACUUAAAUUGAACCAGCUGAGUACCGUACCUGUCGACCCAGCUUGCAGAAUACCUACAAAGAUUUGCAAAUAUAGUGGACAUUUUAUAAAGAUAUUCAACUGAAACAAAUCAAAAUGGCAACCAUUCCCAAUCACAAUGAAAAUUUAACAACAUAUAAACUUGUUGUUGUUGGAGAUGGUGGUGUAGGGAAAAGCGCAUUGACAAUUCAAUUUUUUCAAAAAAUGUUUGUGGAAGAUUAUGAUCCUACAAUUGAAGAUUCCUAUAUUCAACAUACAGACAUCGAUGGACAAUGGUGUAUACUGGAUGUGUUAGAUACAGCUGGUCAAGAAGAAUUCAGCGCGAUGCGAGAACAAUAUAUGAGAACGGGUGAUGGAUUUCUCAUCGUAUACAGUGUAACAGAUAAAUCAAGUUAUGAGAAUGUUCCUCAGUUUCAUGAAUUGAUAUUGCGUGUUAAAGAUAAGACAACCUUUCCCAUGCUUCUGGUUGCGAAUAAAGUUGAUCUAAUUCACCAAAGGAGCAUAACUGAAGAACAAGGAAGAGAUAUGGCCGAUAGAUUUAAAAUACCUUAUAUCGAAACGAGUGCCAAGGAUCCGCCGCAAAAUGUAGAUAAAGGAUUUCAAGACGUUGUUCGAUUAAUAAGACGGCAGUGUGCACCUACAAAAAAACCUGGCAAGCCCAGUGGUGGUAACAGAGGAUCAUGUUGUGUACUUGUUUAAUAUAAACUCUACCAUGGCGAGUAUUUUUUUGGAUUUCUACAAGUAAUUAUUAGCUGUGUGACGUCCUCUCCCGUCAAUACAUUGACUUAACAUAUCGCCGCAGAAUGAUUUUUGAUUGGUACCAGACCAGGUAUUGUGUUACCUUGUGCUUGCUCCAGAUGACUAAUCGAUGGUGGCAAAAAUAUAAUAUGCCAUUCUCCAAGUGUUUUCUAGAUGUUUAGUAAUGUGAAUUUGUCAAAACUUUUCUAAUGGAAAUAUAUAGCAUGGAUGAUAUAGGAAUUCGAUUUUUUGGUUAACUGGAAAAAUAAUCCUGAAUAAUAUGUUAAAAAGUAAGUCAAAAUGCAAUUUUUCUCAAAUGCAUAUUUUUGUGUUCGAGUAUUGUCAUGUCGUUAAAGGCCUUGAAAAUUUUUUUAUUUUGAUAUCUGCCUCGAUUUGGUUUAUCUUCCUUCCCGAUGUGGCUUGCAUAACUGAAAGGAUUUUCGCAGUUAGGAUUUAUCAACAUAGUAUGAUGGUUGGUGCCAUAUUUCUGCAAAUACAAAUAUAUAUGGAGAUUAAAAUUGACUUCUGUUCAGAAAGAAAUAAUGAAAUUGGUAAUAAAUAAGCGUUUAUCAUUGUCUUUUGUCCUGAAUGGUGCAUCAAAAAUUCCACUAUUCCACUCAUGAAACAGUAAAACUGUUGAUUCAAAUAUUUUGUUAUAUCAUUUUUUGUCUUCGACUUUACCUUGCGAUUAAUAUGUCAUUGGGUAAUUGUGCCAUGCUUUCAUUCUUUUUUACCAAAGUAUAUUUUAAAUUAAACAUGAUCUGAUUAUGAUUGCUUUAGUUUCAAUAAUAUCACUCAAAAUUUGAAUUGAGAAUGACAGCUGUUCGUUGUAUUGUAUUCUCAUGAUUUGCUAGAAGGUAAUUUCAUUUAUUUGAGCUGCCGUUGAAUGCCCAAAUGAUUUAUUUGGAUAUGUCAGAUUUUUUUUUCUGUAAUCAUGUAAAUCAAGAUGAAAUAUAAAGUCAUUUCUUUUUUCAAAUGUAAUCAUUUUGUAACACAAACUAAACCUUCAACCUCUCCAUAUCUUAACAAAGGCCUGGUUAAACUAUUUUUUUGAGAUUGUGAAGCAUUGCUUUGUUCUUUGUGUCAAUUAUCACCAACGUCUUUAUUAACCUUCUGAUUUCAAUUAAUUUUUUUAUGUACGAAUGCCAUACAAUGUUAUUUAUGCUAUUUAAAUAUUGUAUGCUUGGUGAAUAGGACUUUGCUGUGUGUCCGAUAUAUUAAAAUAAAUAUAACAUACAUAGAAUAGUAAUCAUAUAGAAUGAGUAUUUUUAAACAAUAAAAGGUGGUUCUUUAUGUAUACAUAUUGAAUUUUCAUGAUUGUCAAUCAUGAAAUUGAGACAACAGUCUCUUUCCCACUUGAAGCUAGCUGAUCGACUUUUGAAAAUUAAAUUAAACUUACUUCGAUAGUUUCUUGUUUGACUUGGCUCGAAUCUCGACAAGCAUUGAAAUAUGUCAACUAACGCCUUUCUACUUGCGAUGUUCAUAAUCAAAAUUUACUCCAGAAGCUUCAGUCCAAAUGAAUAAGAAUUAAUCUAUAAUGCAGAUAAAUAGUAAUCUAUACCAGAUUUUAUUCAAAUUUUGAUCCAAUAAAACUGACCAAUUUCAUUGGUAGAAAUUCGAAAAAUAAAUCAUUCUAUGUAUUAUUAACAAAGUUCAUUGUCAUGUCUGUUUCAACACUGUUCAAGAUAAUCUUUAAUAAUACGCAUUAACCAUGAAAAAAAUAAGUUAAAACGUGCUUCAUAUUUAAUCAUUCGGAAUUAUGACAUGAUUGUUUGUUAAUUCUGAUGCAAGCUGUCCUCUCUAAAACUUGUAUUCAGUAAAGCUAAAACCUAUUCAUUCACAUUGGAAUUACCUAAUUUGAACCCUGUGCAGGAUAUCUUUCAUGUGGCACAGACUUUUGUUUUACCAUAAUUCUACAAAUGAUUGAGGUUACUGCUAAAUUUAUGUUCAGACUUGUUUUGAUUUUUGUUGGACUACCGAUAAUUAAAAAGGUUGGAAGUGAUAUGAUAUAACCUGUUUUUUAUCAAUGAAAUGUAAAAUAUGUGUUAGAUUUGAGUAAUUUCCCAAGCAUGCAAUGUGGUUCUCAACUUUGUAAUAUUAUAUCUAAGUGAAUAUACAAAUACGAAGUGCUUUCUAACAGUGUGACAGACAGUUCGUUUUAUGACACUGGUCAGUCAGAAUUUCUGAAUCAUACCUGUGUUAAUUUUGCUUUUUCUACUCCCAGUUUAGUCACUAGAUUGCACCGUGUCAAAUGUUCUGUGAGAGAUAUUUUUGAAUUGCAUAUGUAUUCCUUGGAAUUAUAUUACAAUUACAUCAGCUGUGUUGACUGGAUUUCUAAUCAUGCACAACAUAAAUCUUAUUCUGGCCAUGCAGAGAUUUUUAAGUUUGUUCUGUGUGCUUGAUGGCUAUGAUUACUUUUGGAGGAGCUUAAUAAUUCAUUGCUUAUUUUCUAAUAAUUUUCAAGUAGUAAGAUUGAGUCCAACUUGGGAACAGAAUUGCCUGAUGUGGUAUGUCUGUUGCUUAUGCCAUUGUUGGAAAUUUCCCAUUGAUUUAACAGCGUUCCGUAUGUUGUGGUGAUGUUAGAGAUAUAUGAAUAGUAUCUGACAUACAUAUCGGUUUCUAGUAUUAAAUUUUUCAGUAGUGAUGUUCUAAGCAUAGAUACAAAAGUUUAUAUAGGUCAUUGUUCAGUCAACUCUGUUUGAUCCAACAAUAAUUGAAUUUCCUAAACACUGAUUUUAGUUUCUGAAAAUCUAAUUUUUGGACAUAGUACUAACAGUUUGUGUUAAAGUUUAACAGUGACUGUUUUUUUUGACACCGGUUCCUAGCACAUAGCUGUGCCAUUUGUCCCAAUUAUUGUAUUAGUAUUUUUUACCUUGUUCAAACAUCUUUACAGGAAAAUAACAUCAUACUUUUAUUGUAUACAAAGUAGCUAUGAAAUAAAAUGUUCAGCGUUUAA